AAGCCUUGCGGUUUUACCGAGCCAUUUAUUUACCCUUACUUUGGGGGGUCGUUCAAUAUAAAAAUGACCAGUAUUAAUCUCACAAAUGACGCUCUGGUUCCCCGGUAUUUUCCAUUUUGGUAACUAUACUUCUGCAACUUCCCCUCUGUCUCUCUUUCGCAUUUCGCCCGAAAAGAAAGGUCCCAACAAUUAAUCUCUCUCUCUUUUUCAUCACGAAUAACCCAUUAAACCUCUUCUCGAGGAGGAAUAUUUUAUACCACCCACCUUCUCCCCCUGCAACAAAAUUUAUCUACAUGUUUUUUUAUGUUGUGAGCUUUACUGUGAGGAACCUGCACAGGCAUGGCUCAAAUAUCUUCCAUCUGCUGAGGCUCCUCUAAUCCCAAUCCAAAAAGGGCGUCUGGAUGAAGCCCAUUGGAAAGAGAAAGAAUGCAUGAUGCUGCACCCCCUGUGUUGCGUUUCCCUGGAGGGUCUUGGCGCUGCUCCUGCCGCAGGGUUCGGUCAGCCGGAAACCACCCCUCCUCCUCCUUGUCCUCCUCCUCGAGAGACGGCAGAGGGUUCUGGAUCUGAGGUAAACGUCGCCGGAGUCCUUUACAAAUGGACGAAUUUUGGAAAGGGUUGGAGGUCCCGCUGGUUCCUCUUGAGGGACGGCCUCCUCUCUUAUUAUAAGAUCCCAACCCCAAUCUACCACACUCACCCGUGCCCUAGAGAUGGAGGUCAUGGUGAUGAUGAGAUGAGGAGGACGGCCUCGUCCUCCGAUGUGCAGGUAAUUGGGAAUGGCCUCACCCGUGCUAACAGCGGAUCCGGCGGAAGAAGUCGCCGGAAAAAUGUGGGCGUAGUGCAUCUCAAGGUCUCAGCAUUUCGCGAGAGUAAGUCGGACGACAAACGGUUUUACAUAUUUACUGGUACAAAAACACUUUAUUUAAGGACUGAUUCCAGACAGGAUAGAGAGGCUUGGAUAGGGGCCUUAGCUUCUGUUAAGAAAUUAUUCCCUCAAAGAUCCCUAGGCAACAGGAUUGCACUUAUUAUUGAUGAAUUAUCUAUUUCCACUGAAAAACUUAAACUUCGCUUGCUUGAAGAGGGACUUGACCAGAGAUUGAUCAAGGACUGUGAGGAGAUCAUGCUCUCUGAAUUUUCAGAACUUCAGAGGCAAUUGAAGCUCCUUCAUGAGGGACGGGUUACUUUCCUGGACACUUUAAAGCAUUUGGAGGCUGGAAAUUUGGAUGUAGAAACUUCGGGAACUGAUGAGGGAUUAUCACAAUCAAAUGAAAAUGUUGGUUCCAGACGUAGCUCUAGAACUGAUAGUGAUGUUUUUAACAAUAAUGGAGAGAAAAAGCACGAGGAAGAGUCAGAUCAAGAUAAGUUCUUUGAUACAGAAGAAGAUUUUUGUGAUUCUAUCGCAGGAGGCAGAACUAAUGGGGCUUUGAAAUUCAUUGAAUGCUUUGAUAAUAUGAAGAAUGUGCCAUUGAAAACUGAAAAUGUUGACCAAGAAUACCCACAUGUUGAAAGGCGCAAGAAAUUACCGGAUCCUGCUCAGAAAGAGAAGGGCGUGAGUCUUUGGUCGAUGAUAAAAGAUAAUGUUGGGAAGGAUCUAACCCGAGUUUGUCUUCCUGUUUAUUUCAAUGAGCCAAUUUCUUCUCUUCAAAAGUGCUUUGAAGAUCUGGAAUAUUCGUACCUUCUUGAUCGAGCAUUUGAAUGGGGCAGAGGGGGGGACAGUCUCAUGAGAAUUCUGAAUGUCGCUGCCUUUGCGGUCUCUGGAUAUGCUUCUUCUGAGGGCCGACAUUGCAAACCAUUCAAUCCAUUGUUGGGGGAGACUUAUGAAGCCGAAUAUCCAGAUAAAGGACUUCGUUUCUUCUCUGAGAAGGUAAGCCACCACCCAAUGAUAAUUGCUUGCCAUUGUGAAGGAAGGGGAUGGAAACUGUGGGGUGAUAGUAAUCUUAGGAGCAAGUUUUGGGGCCGCUCCAUUCAAGUUGACCCUGUGGGAGUUCUGACCCUGGAGUUUGAUGAUGGUGAGGUCUUCCAAUGGAGUAAGGUAACAACAUCUAUCUAUAAUCUUAUUUUCGGCAAAGUAUACUGUGACCAUCAUGGAACAAUGCAAAUUAAGGGAAACGGCCUUUUUUCUUGUAUGCUCAAGUUCAAGGAGCAGUCUCUCAUUGACCGGAAUCCCCACCAGGUACAAGGGUUCGUCAAUGAUAAAAUGGGCAAAAAGGUUGCUACAUUAUUCGGAAAGUGGGACGACAGUAUGUAUUACGUGGCUGGGGAUGUUUGUACCAAGCCCAGGGGAUAUAACCCUUCUUCAGAUGCUACUCUCUUGUGGAAAAGAAGUAUGCCUCCACCUAAUCUCACUCGAUACAACUUGUCGUCCUUUGCCAUCACACUCAAUGAGCUAACACCAGGGCUGAAGGACAAAAUUCCCCCUACGGACUCAAGACUCAGGCCUGACCAGCGACACCUGGAGAAUGGGGAGUAUGACAUGGCAAAUGCUGAGAAGCUGAGGUUGGAGACAAGGCAGCGGAUGUCAAGGAAAUUGCAAGAGAAUGGGUGGAAGCCACGGUGGUUUCGGAAUGAUGUUGGAGAGGGAACAUUUCGUUAUGUAGGUGGGUACUGGGAAGCAAGAGAAGAGAAGAAAUGGGAUGGAUGUCCUUGUAUAUUUGGGCAGUUUACAGGAGACGUGAUUAGUGAUUCUUGAGAAACAAGCAGAAGGAUUACAUGGGUUAGUAGGUUGCAAUCUCUCUCUCUCUCCCCGUUGCUGAACUGUCAUCUUUUGGAUUUUGAACUGGAGCGGCAGAUCUGGAAUGGGUUCUGAGAAGGUAACGUGUUAUUCAACAACUGAAGGUAGGUGAGGUCGUGUAUUUCUAACUGAUUUUUUCCUCUCCAUUUUCAUUUUUUAAAAUCCUUGUUUAAUGUUGAAUGAAAUUUGAGGCCCAUGUAGUUCUGAUAUUGUUUGAUGUAUCCCCUCUGUAUUGGCUAAUUCAAUCCAAUAAUGAGAAUUUUUCUCUGCAAAUUUACUGAAGUGUGUUUUAAAUUCA